GAAGAUUCGCAACACGUUGUACCCGAACGAAGAUGGAAAAAUUAUCGUAACUACGAGAAGAGACGAGUGAACAAACAUUUAUACACUGGGUAACCGUUGAGAGAAAAAAAGCUACUUCUGAGUUGUUGGAGAAGAUGAAAAUUAUAAAGCGGAUAAAAAGGUCAUCAAACUCAGAGUCGUUGCACAAGCCCGUUCAUUUGCACGAGGACAUCAUGCGCUACAUUUACAUGGUUCGUUGGCACCACAACAAGUAUCAGAAACAAACGAGAGACUUCAUCACCAUCUGUCGUUCUUCCCUAAAAAGAUAAAGAUACUUCUUCAUGAAUGUCCACUGAGUACCUUGAUUCUUCAUGAAUGUCUAAGGCCUACUUGAUUCUUCAUGCAUGUCGACCACCCGUUCACCAGACGAUAGUCUUCCAAAUAAUGCUUAGUGUUAACAGUUUUAUUGCUCUAUCUAUUUAUUCCGUUUCCUUCUACCUAGUACUUAAUCACUUAGUUUCAAGUACAAGACCUACAAGUAGGCUAAGGAGAAACAAAUUUGAUAGAACAUUGACAGCAUUGCUCGAACCGGAAGAAGUUUCCUAUACUGAUAGUGAAUGUGAAUAAGUUGCUUGAAAUAUAAACUACAAAUACAAGAACAGUUCCUCAAUCAUAUUGAUACUAGAUAAAGCUCUUGUUAUUUAUAACCUAAUUAUGCUACUCCAAGAAAAUGAGAUUCCCGACCUGGCGAGAGGCAAGAACGAGCAUGGGAGCGCUCCUCAGUAGUAUGAGGGACCAAGUGGGCAAGCAGGCUUGACGAUUCCGACACCCACGGCCUCUACUUCGUGACUGAAUCUGAACCUAGCAGUACUCCUACUCUAGUGCCACAGGUGAUAAAUGGAAAUCUUCCGUACAUGAUCAGUUGUAUCAAGAAGACCAAGAGAAGAACACAUCACCAGCAUAGAAAGAGCAACAACUACAACGUCAACGAAAGACGUCAUUGCACCAUCUACUGCGGAAGUUCUUGUAUUUCUGAAGUUAUUUUUGCAGUACAAGGGCAAGAAUUGCCAAUUCCACGAAAAGCCUGUGUGAAAAGGAAAAUAAUAAACUCCACCGUGUAGUGCCAGACCAGUCCAGAGAUCGUGUAGUGCCAGACCAGUCCAGCCAUCGUGAAGUCAACUACCGCUACGACUGGCGCUGAACUUCGAGCCAUCGUGAAGUCAACUACUUCUACGUACUGGAAGAUCCUUCGAACUACAAGUACAGGUGCGACUUCGAACUACAAGUACAACUAGUAGUACCGAGGUGGAAACUCACGAACAAGAACAAGAAAAUGUUAGACCCUAGCUCCGGAUCGACUGGUAUGCGGCGCAGAGGCAGCGCAGAGCCACAGGAGAGUAAGGCAGAGAACGACUCGAUCAUAAAAAGAUUCGACAUCUACAACAAAGUCCAUGAUGACUACAAUAACAAAACAAAAUCUGGGGGAACGCUGUCUAUCGUACUACUACGUUUAAAUACAGUUUCAAUUUGUAGGAAAAAUUUGGAGUAAAAAGCGAAAAAUGUUGCAGAUCAAUGGUCUGACCACGUAGACGUUGAAAUAAAUGCACUAGAUUUAUAGUCGAAACGUGAAAUCAAUUUUGUAACACACUCACACCUUCUUCUAUCACCAAGAACUCUACUACCCCAAACUCUACUACCUUCAAAUCUACCACCCCCCCACUCUACUCCAAUUUUACAGAUAACUUAUGUUUCAAUAGCGUUGUUGGUUUUUGGAGAGCUGCGGUGGUACCUGACAACGACUAUAGCGGAUCACAUUGUGGUGGACACGACUGCAGACGAAAAGUUGCCAAUAGGGCUCAACAUCACGUUUCCGGAUUUGCGCUGUGACGAAGUUAGCGUCGACACAGUGGAUUCAAGUGGAGAGAAUCAAAUAGAUAUACGAGGUACUUCGUUCGACCCUGAUUCUUUUUUGCUUUUCUAUCUCAGAGCAUAGUAGCAUAAAUUUCUUCAUUCUGUAUGUUGGUUGUUUCUCUUUACCAUCGCCGUUUGUGCGUUCUGAUCGUGUUGAUGUACUACUGGAUCCAAUUAUAUAUCAAAGAACAUGUAAUAUAGAUAUGUUGCACACAACCUCGAUUUACUCAACAAAUCUUCGAUUUCAGAUGGAGGCUUGCAGAAGUACAAUAUAGGCGUUGACGGCAGACUAGCAGACGACUUCGAAGCACCGGAAGGUAUCUGAAAACUUAAACUCUUUCCUUCUUGGCCGUCCGAAAGGAUACACUGCUGGAACUGUCUCAUCCUGCCGAUAGACUAGAAGUACUACCAAGGAUGCGAAUGAGUGAAUGCUUUUACUUCUUGGUCUUGCUCUAUACCAGCAUUGAUUUGAUCUUGAUCUAUACAUCAUUCAUUGGACUCUCCAUCCAUCAUAUCCCCUUCCUUGUCCAGGAUCGUGCAUGUCAUGUCUUGCCGCUGCAUCAUCGGUUCCUGAGGGUCAAUGUUGCAACAACUGCCAGCAGCUGAAAGAGGCAUACGCGACAGCGGGCAUAUCGUACUACCGAGCACUGAAGACGGCAGAACAGUGCAAGCAGGUUGUGGGUUGCCUUGUUGACGGGGAUGUUUUGGUGUCCAAAGUGGCUGGAAAUGUGCACGUUGCCCUGGGAAAGUCCGUCGUUCGUCAGGGAAGACACGUGAAAAUAUUUCUGACUGAGACUGCUUAAGAUGAUACCUUAAAUAUAAACAUGUAUAAUUCGCUUGCAGUUCAAAAUAUGAUCAUGUCGAAGGAGGUUCAGAAGAUUGAGUGAUUAUAACUUGCGUACGCGCACGAAGUGUCGGUGUCAAAAAGUAAUUUCUUUCUUGUAAUAACUAUACGAAAAAACACGAAGAUGGCAUUUGUAGUUGAAGAAAAAACACGAAGAUGACAUCUUCAUCAUCCUCAUCCAAAAACUCCACAGGUACACGAAUUCAACAUUCGCGAUGUGUCGGAGGGGUUUAACACGUCGCAUAUCAUAAAUCGACUGCAGUUUGGUCCUCGAUUCGAUGGGCUCGUGGAUGCACCGUUGGAAGGUAAUAGAUUUAGGUUCUGUGGUAUUGUAUAAUUCCGAGUCUGCCAUAGGCGUUACUCACGCCCGAAGCAGUCGGUCUUUUUAGCUGCCGCUUCUCUACUCGGGUCGCCACGGAACCAGGCAGCUUUCGAUGAGUUGCUACGUGGUUCGAAUGAAUGAAUGAAUGAAAGAAGAUGUUUUUCUUGUCGUCGAUAAUUCAUACCUUGUCAAAAAUUUUUCUAUGUCAGGGAGUAAGGCUUAAAAACAUGUUCGCUUACCGAGAAGAAGCGUCAUCAUCUUCGGAUGAACAUGAGGAAUACUAAGAGUCUUUCUAUUUUCUAAUUCCAUUUCUACAACCAGGUGUCGCCAAGAUAGUCGACCAAGGCGCUUUCAUGUUCCAUUACUAUAUCAAAUUGAUUCCGACGCAGUACCUCGAGGAACGGGACCCGGAAGGAACCAAGCGCUACACACAUCAGUACUCAUCCACUGAAGCAUCCCGCAACGUCCUCGUGAACACGGAACAACUUAUGAGAACUAGUUUGUCUACUUUCUUCAAGUUCAUGACAGCUACAACAUCAUUCAUUUAUAAUACAUGUGAUCAUGAUGCUAUUCCUUUAGAAGCCACUGACCACGAUGUCGAGCUAUGAUGAAUCAGAUUCUUGAUUUUGCCCUUCGGAACUCACAGUCAACUAUCGAAAUCAAUCAUGUUCAACAUGAUUUAAUUUCAGAAUUCAAAACGCCCUAUCGCUAUCGUCCUCCUUCAUACCGGUAGCCGGUUUGCCUGGUGUUUUCCUCGUGUACGAUUUCUCCCCGUUUCUUUUAUGGCUUUCAAGAAUGAGUGUACAAUAGCAUACACGCAGAUGUUGCUACCUCCGAAGAGAAAAGAACAAUCACUUCCUCUCAGUACAACAACAACGGAUACUAGCGUCUAGCGUGGGUAUCUUAGUAGACUCUUUCUACUCCCAACAUUCCUGUAGCUGUACUAGGUCCUCCCACUCCCACUUCCAUUCCCAUUCUAACCUUCGUCCAGAAAAAAGUCGCUUACACCCCAUUUAGUCGGUUUCUGACAUCGCUUUGCGUUAUUGUUGGUGGGGUCUUCACCAUCGCACGCUUCUUGGACAAGGUGUUGUACGCGACCGGUCGCAAAUUAUCUCAACCGGGAGGAGGCAAACGCAACAUGGCUCUGUAG